CUUUCCUCCUUCCUCAUCACACCCUUUAAAAGUCGUGCUCCCGGAAAACCUACGGUUAGGGUUUGGGUUUCUCUCCGAUCCCGUCACCUCUGCUUUUCCACUGUUGCUGGGAGUCAGCUCUGCUUUUCCAUCCCACUAGUUGAAUUCUCCGAUCCGAUGUCCUCCGGCGGCCUAGCCGCGGCCGAUCUGGACGGAUUGCGACGGGGCCGCUGGGAUCCGGCGGCGGCGGAGGAGGGGAUUGACCACUUCGACCGGCUGCCGGACUCGGUGCUUCUUGUGGUAUUCAACCGGGUAGGCGACAUCAAGGCCUUGGGGCGGUGCUGUAUCGUGUCCCGCCGCUUCCACGCCCUCGUCCGCCUCGUUGACGACAUCGUCGUCCGCGUCGACUGCGUCGUCUCCGACGAGCCCUCCCUCUUCCCCGACACCGAGGCGGACUCCGCUGCUGCCGGGCCCGACAAGCCCCGCGGCGUCUUCUUCCACCUCGCCCGCGUCGUCCUAGGCGGCCUCGUCAAGCCCCUCCACGCCCUCGGUCAAUUGUUCUCCUCUUCCUCAUCCUCCUUGGCGACAGCUGAUGCCGUCUCCGCUGCGGCCAGGAAGUCCGCGUCACCGUCCUCUUCAUCCUCAACACCAUCGUCCGAUGUCUCCCACCAUUCCCCAGCGGAGGUCUUAAAGAAUUUCAAGGAAAUCCGGCGCCUCCGCAUCGAGCUUCCCGACAGCGAGCUCGGCGUCGACGACGGCGUCCUGUUGAAGUGGAGGGCCGACUUCGGGUCCACCCUCGAAAGCUGUGUCAUCCUUGGCGCCUCCUCCGUUGCCUUAUCAUCUUCAGUUCCCCCCAAUUCCUCAAACGUUUGUGGUGGUGAUGAUUGCCGGAGCAUCCCGGAGUCAUUCUACAACGACGGAAGCUUGAAGCGCAGAGUAGUGUGGACUAUCAGCUCGCUGAUUGCUGCUUCAGCGCGGCAUUACCUUCUCCAUCCUAUCGUGGCAGACCAUGAGACGUUAGAGAGCUUAGAUCUGAUAGAUGCGGAUGGGCAGGGGUUGCUGACCAUGGACCGGCGGCAGCUGCAGGAAUUAAAGAUGAAGCCAUGGAUGGCUUCGAGGAGCUCGCAACGAACACUUCUGCCAGCACUAAGCAUGCGUCUAUGGUAUGCUGACCAGUUGGAACUGCCCAAUGGAAUGGUGCUGAGGGGUGCGACGCUGUUGGCUAUCAGACCAAGUGAGGAGCAGAUGAGUGAGGCUGGUUUCAGUGGAUCCAUUGGGUCCUCGGACAAUUGCUGGGUUUCAGAUGCCUUUGAAGAGCCAUACAAGUCUGCGACCAGCACACUCAUGAAGAGAAGGACUUACUGUCUUGAGAUGAAUUCCUUCUGAGCCUGGAAAAACUACUCCAAACAUGGUCUUCAAUAGGUUUCAUGAACCUCUCUUUUGAAAGACAACGGGCACAUCUAAAGGGUCCCUACUGGUGGGCUUUGCCUACAAGUGGUAGCCUGUAACUCGCCACCAUUGACUGCAGUGAUUACAUGGUGCAAAUGUUGUGCUGCAAUACCCAGAUGUCUCUGUGUCUCCUUUGGGCUUCCUCCACUUUCAAGAUCCGUUGAGGCACACUUGUGAUCGGCGUGUCCACCAUCUUCAUCUUUGCUUGUAAAUUUUUGAAUGGCGAAUGGCUGGCUGAACGGAGCCUUCAGUAAUGGAGUUGUAAUUGUAGCUUGCUCAAUGUCGAUAACCUUCGGUAAUGGAGUUGUAAUUGUAGUAUUAAGCUUUGCUUCUGCACCUUAGAUUGCAAUUUCAGGCCGCAAGUAACCGUAUAUUUUAUCUUCUCAUUAAGUCCAAUAAAGGAUUGCCAGAAUCUUGAAAUCA